AUGGCAUUCUACAAAGCAAACGUGCUGGAAUUCCAAGGGAUCAACAGGUCAAAAGGAAUCCCAAAUCUCCAGCGUCACCAAAUCGGACGAGCCCUUGACUAUAAUAAUCUAGAUGAGAAUGGAAGGCCAGAUGUCGUUUAUUCGUGGAAUAGAAACAUCCACGACAAAGAUCUUGCAACCAAAACACAUUAUGUCAAACCAGUUUAUGAAGAGCGUGUUUCCAGCGCCGAAAUCCUCCGGUUAUCUGCAAAACAGCACUAUACGCAAGCGUACAAAGAUGGUCUAGAAUAUAUCAAAGCCGAGAAGGACUAUCGCACUAAAGAACGCUAUCUGGAUGGCGUUACACCAUCUCGGCGAAACAAGACCGUCACAAUUGGGACAAGCACAUCGACGAGUGGCCUUCCCGUCCCCGACACGGAAGGUAGGGUGUAUAACUAUGAUGCGCAAACAACCGCACAAACCGGAUUGAUGUUCGAAGCACCUGCUAAUCUACAUGAAGUCCCAGAUUUGCCAAAGAAUGUGUCCGGUCAACGUGUCCACCCAGUUAUAAUCACGCACGAAAACGAGAUCGUUGUUGAUAACCUUACUGGAGCAGCCCAAGUCAAAACCGGAAGUUCCUCUGUUCUUAAAGCACCUGUUGUAAGCAAUUCUCUUGAUUAUCAAGAGCCAAUGAUGCCCGGAUCGUUUCCUAAUAUGAUUGGAAAAGAUGAAGUUAAAAUCGAAAAUAACAAACCUCCGGAGAUCAAUAUUGGGAAUGUAAGAACAGAAAGCAAACCAGAAAUCGCUUUGACCACCAUCAGCGACCCGAAUAAGGUUGAGGAACUCUUAUCAAAAACACAAGUUACUAGUAAUCUCGUUCGAACCCCUGGGAAGACGCCUAUUGGAAAUGUGAGGAAAGAUCGUCGUUUUGAUCCGACCAAACGAAGAAUAAAGGACAGAUUAGAAGACUCACUAUUGCAAUCCACACUUAACAAGCAGGAAUUGCAAGACGGAGAUUGUCUGCACUCGCCAAAGACACCACAAUCCCAUCACCAAGACCUCAAGCCUGAAUCGGUGCUCGCAGUGACGAAUCCAAAAGUUCUGGAACGAUCUAGAAUGCAUCGGAUAGUUCAAGCAAAUCUUGGAGUUGAGACCAUUGUUGAUCCAAUGGCUUCCCUUGUUACAAAACAUGAAAAAGCCUCAUUUUUGCGUCCUAUCGCAAAUCUACGCGGAAAGGAAAGAAUCGAUUAUGCGAUUCCUCCAACAUUUACCGUCUCGGAUGUUGAACCUAGUAAUGUCUGGAUUAAACAGCAGAAAUUCGAGCGGUUUGCGAAAUUUAAACGAUACGCUGUUGAACAGCCCGUAUGUUUCCAGAAAUAUGAAAGCCCUUAG